GGCCAAGCCGAGCCGCUGGUGGGGGCCUAGCCGAGGCUGGCCGGCUCGGCUACAGGUGGGCUGGCCAGCGGCAGCAGCGGACGCUUGCGGGCCACGGUCACGGUCACUGUCACGUCUGGCUCUCCUAACACAGCCUUCCCCACCGCCGCCGCCGCCGCCCCGCGCACCUCCUGAUUCCUCUCUCUUCUCUGCAGUCCACAGUCCACGAGGCAUCCUGCAAAAAUGAGUCGUCCUCACCCCACCGGGCCACUUGCAACAUAUAACAGUCUGACAGACAAACACCUGGUUGGCUACUUCAGCAAUAUAAGAAUAAGGAGACAUCUCCAGAGAUCAGGACUGAUCACAAGAAGUGGAAGAAUACUGUCUGAGAAAGAAUAUCGGCAGAACAUCAUGAGGAAGGACCACCAAAAAUUCACCAGAGAAUACUUAGCACAUGCUAUAUUCAAAAAGAUCCUCGAAAUGGAGCACAACUACCAGAUGGAGCUCAAGAGGCGCCUGGAAUCCACUGCUCAGAAGGAACGUGUGCAGAAAGCCAAGGUUGGACGUUCACGGAGGGCAGUUGAACAUUACAUGCCUGUGUUAUCUCCUCAUCCUCCAAUUGCUCCAAAAGUAAACCAUGGAUCAUCUGUUGUGAUUGAUCAAGUGUAUUCUGGUUCUUUAAAACUGGCUCUGCCUCGGCCAAACGCUGCCCCAGGAAGACCGAGCACUGCCCCGGCCAACAUGCAGCAGCGGCCCAGUCGGCUGCAACCGCUUCUCAACCAUCCCGCAGCAGUGGGAGUCGUGCCAAAGCCGCCGGCAGCAUCCAAGUCAAAGCCGUCCCUGGCGGAGACUGAGGGCCGAUUUCCCAAUGGGGGUGAACGGUACAGGAACUCUUCGGAGCAGCCCCACGGAGUGGCUCCAUAUCAGUUGCCCAUUAUUAAUGAGUAUUUGAUGCCCGUACCUCCACCGCCAUCCCCCAGAAAUGAAAAGAUGAUCAACAAAAGUCGCAUCGAGGCGUGGAGGAGAAGAGUCCGCCCAACCACAGCCCCAAACAUCCCGGAUCCUCACAGGGAUUCAGGAAGAUAUCACAAAUCUCCCUUGCACAGUAAUGCCUUCAUCACCAUGAUCUAUUGGGGGAAGAGUGUGCACCUGAAUCACGAUGACAUCAAUUAUAAAGAUGAGAUCAAGAUUUAUCAGCAGCACUGUGGUGGGGAAAACCUUUGUGUCUUCCAAGGCAAACUCCUUGAAAAAGAGACGUUUCAGUUCAUUUCCAAACGACAUUACGGCUUUCCCUUCAGCCUCACUUUUUUCCUGAAUGGGAUGCAGCUGGACAGGCUGAGCUCCUGCUGUGAGUUUAAGCAUCGAAGGGGCUCCAGGCUUGGAGGCAAGAAUGGAUACUUUGGAUUUGUUGACAUCGAUGGAGCUUCUCCAUGCUAUAAGUGCAUCAUUUCAAUGGGACUUGAUAAAAAGCCAUUUCCACCUCCAAAAAGAGAGAAAGAGAUGAUGGAGGUAAAUGAGGGCCCUGUAAAAGAGAAAGAAUUCACCAGACAAAAUGAAAGUCUGAAUGAAGAAGUGGAGAAUGUGGGGCCAACGCCAACAGCUUGUUCAGCCCCGGAAGAUGAUAAGAAAAAUGAAAAGUAUGUUGAAGAUGGGGUGGGAAGAGAUGAGGCAACAGGACCAGAUACUGCUGAAAACAACCAAGAAGCCACAUUUAAAGAUGACUACGAUGAAGAUUUUGAAGUUGAUGACGAGAAAUCAAAUGAGAAAGUUAAUGAAGAUGGACAGACAGAUGAUCAAAUGAAUGGAAGGUCAAAGUCACCCUCAGAUGAUGAAAAAGAGAGUGAAACCUCAUUCCAGGAAAUACAAGAAUCCUCUGAUUAUAUGAAAUAUGAAAUUGAAGGAUGCUCAGACAAUGACUUGGAUGAUGAUAAACAAGCUAGGAAAACUUCCUCCUCAGGCUCAUCCAGAAGUAAUAUAUAUUCUAGUUCCGGUGAAGAUAUGUCUGAAAUGGGGGAUGGGAGAACCUCCAGUGAGCAAAGCCAAGAAGAAAAUCACCAAGAAAACCAAUAUUUCAGAGAUAUGGAUGAAGAAGACAAAGUUGAAGAAUACCCUCUUUCCCAGGGUGUCAUGGAUGGAAGAGAAAUUGGGUCAAAAAGGAUGGACCCUGAGGGAAUUUGUGAAGAUCAAGGAACAGAAUGGCAUUCUUCCUUAAAAGAAAUUGUCAAAAAGAGCACAAGUGGAGGGUGCAGAGAUCAGGCUUCUGGGGAAGGAAAGGAAGAAGAUGAUGCUCGGUGGCCUUUGGCCAAAACCGCCAAAGAGAUGGAUGGUACAAUGGCAGGGCUUUCUAAGGUUGAUGAAGGUGGUGACCUCAAAUCAGUCCAAGAGGAAUUAAGAGAAUCAGUGGAAGAGGCUGAGCCAGGGCCUUCUGGAACGCAGCCUAGUGCCUCCGUCACAGACGAAACACAAGAAGGCGAGAGGCACCAUCUGGAUCACCUUCACCACGAUGGGGACUUGUUGGCAGAAGAAGCAAUGGCUCUGGAGAUGGAUGAUGAAGAGUCCAAGCAUGAUGUACCUGAAGCAGAGCAGCUAAAUAGGAGAGGAGCCUCUGAGGGGGGUGGUACUAGACUCCAGAAAGCUGGGUCAGAGGUGAGAGCAGAGGAACCAAGAUCAAAUAAGGAGAAGGAGGAAGGAGAGGAAGAAGAAGAGGGGGAGGAAGAAGAGGAGGAGGAAGAAGAAGAAGAGCAGGAGGAGGAGAAAGAGAAGGAGCAAGAGGACAAAGAGGAGGAAGAAAUUGAGGCAUCUCUGGGGAGGGGAUGGGUAGUAGUCAAUGCCACUUCAGCACCCCGAUGUUUAGUCAAAGUGGCAGAAUUGACCAAGGGUGGGGAGAUUCCUGGGGUCCAUUGGGAUGGGCAGGAGUCAGGAGCUAAAGGAGACGGGUUAGCUUCUAAGGAAGAGGGAGAAGUGAAAGAGAGGACAAGGAGAGCAUCAGUCAUAAGUGAACCAAGAUCUCCCGGAGAGGAGUCCUGGAGGGACAGAGAUCUAGAGAGAAAGGAGGUUUCAAUCCAGAAGGAGAAAGUAGGGAAGGCAGACGGGGAAGGGCAGGAUGGUAUAGGAGAAUUAAGGCAUGAGAGCAAGAUGGCAGCCCACAGUGAAGGAAGAAUGGGGGAAACAGUGAUCCAGAAUGGAUUAGGAAACACCAAGGAGGGAAAGAAUGAGAGCCAGGACAAACGGGAAAGAGGAUACACAAGAGCUGUGCCACCAGCCAGAGGGGACAUGGCAGCUCGGAGAGAAGGGUCAGAGAUGGAGGAACUUGAAGGCACCAAAGAAGUAAUGUUGAAGAGAAAGGAAAUAUCCCAAGAGAGGCAGGAAGGUGGCAGAAGGACAGCGGCUCUGAGGGCUGCGACCCCAGAGGAGGAAGGGGUGAGGGAGGCUGCUGAUUUGGAAAGUGCUAGUGGGGAACCUGGUUAUUCUAGUGGUGUGGAGAAGGAGAUAGCUGCUGUGGAAGAGGAAGUAGUGACUGAGGAGGAAAGUGAGGCACUGUAUGAGACUGUGAGGGAGACUUUCCAGAGGGACAUGGUGAUGCCCCCAGCUGUAGUUGAAGGCAAGGAGGUUUUUGAGCAAUUGGAAGAAACCACAAAUGGAGAAGAAGAUAAGAAGGAAAAGGAGUGUGAUGCCAAGGAAGGAGAAGUAGGACAGGGGAUGGAGUCUGUGGACAGGGCAACAUUUCAUAGAGAACGUGCUGAAAAAGAGAGAAAACUGUCUUUGGAGGAAGCAGCUUCUGAAGUCAAAGAGUUUUCAGGGAAAGAAGGAAUCCCAGGGAGGGAGGAACAAGUGGAAAGAGAAGAUGGAGAAACCCGAUAUGGAGCCAUGAGAAAGGUGACUUGUGGGGCAAAAGAAGAAAACAAAGUGGAGAAACAAGAGAUGGAAUUACUGGAGGAGUUUAGGAGGUCACCCAACAAUAGAGAGGGAGGCCCUGACAUUAAAUUGGCAAGAGAGGAGUGGACACCUGAGGAGGAGACCACAACACCCACUGAAAACCGAGAGACCCUGGGGGAAAUAAGAGAAAUAAGGGCUAAAGAGAGAGAAGAAACAGAAGUCCUAGUGGAGACCCACAGAGCUGUAUUUGAAGAGGAGCCUGGGAGGGGGAGAAAGGUCAAUGAAGAAGCUGCAGCUCCAGCACCAAGGACAGAGACAGAGCUGUCUCUGGCUAACAAAGCCCCAAAGGACAAAAUACAGGAUGGGAAAACCUUUCUGGAAGGACAAGCUGAGGAAGAUGUGAGGGAAGCAGGAGGGAUGGCAGCAACAACACUGAAGAGGGAGGUGUUGGCAGAUGAGGCAGCCUCUUCGGGUACAACAGAAGAAAAUAAAGCCUCCUCUCCUUCAGAUGUUGCUGUGGGGGAAACUUGGCCCAGACAGGACCAGCUAUUAAAGAAAACAGCAGCUGCAGGCAGGGUGGCAGCGGAGAGGGAGGGGAAUGGAGAGAGAAUCCCAGUGGUGGAGGACUUGAUAGGGAAAGCAUCCCCAGCUACCAAGGAAGGGGUUUUUGAAAUGAGACUCGUGAGCCAGGCAUUGGAAAGGGAUGGAGAUCAGAGGGAGGAGAUAGUGAGAGAAUACUGGAUGAGGGAGAGUGGCCAGGCCAAGGGUGCAGGGGAUGAGGAGGAAUCCAGACUGGGAUCGCCAGAGCCCAGGGGAGAAGCUUCCCCCCGAGAGGGAGGGUCCAGGAACCAGAGUGCCCAGGCCUUAGAAACCACGACUGUGGAAAAGGAGAUGACUGGCAACAGAGAGAAGCAAGAAAGUACAGCACAAAGGAAAGGAAAGGCCCCAGGAACUGGAGCCCCAAGGACCUGAGACAGCUUUAAAUAUGGCUUCUGGAAAGCACAAGAAACAGAAGAACGAGUCUCUAAUCAUUGUCUUCUCCAGACCUUUCCAGAACUAAGUGUUUUUUUCUCCUUCUGAGUAUUAUACACAUACACACACACACACACACACACUGCUAUAGAUUUGUGCUGGAUCAAGAUGCCAAUGUACUUAUUUUUGUUGAUACCCAAUAUGACAAACUUUUCUGUUUAAUCCGGAGGAAAUACAGGACAUGAAACUGAAAUGGACUUGCAAAAGAUAACUUAGAAAAAAUACUCUCUUAUGGUAUCAAUCUGUAAAUGUUUCCCAGAACUGAAAUCUAUCAAUUUUCUAAGUGAAAUCAUAUUUUAAAUUUGGUCCCUUUUAUCCUAAUACUAUCCUAAAGUUUUAUGCAAAAAUCACUCUAUAGUUUUAUGAGUUUAUGCAAAUUUAUUUUUUGUUUUAAAUUAAUUUCCAUUUCCAUUUUAAUUAAUUGCUUGGGGGUUACCAAAGUGAAACCUGUGUCUUGGAAUGGCUAAUUACUUGGUUUCUUGGUCCAUUAAAAUCAUAUCAAAGGGUCUCCCAUGUCUUUUCAUCAAACAAAGUCCAUUGCUGACCUAUAGGAUGUAGUUCCUGGGAAUUAACCUAAAAAGAUGGAUUUGGUGGACAAAAAGUCUUUGAUUAUGGUCUAGAAAGAUCCUUUCUUUCUGAUAAUGCCCACUUCUCCCCUUUAAGUGGGAAGGGUUAUUCUGAAAGGUUUCCUGAGUGUUAGUAUUUUUAUCAUCCUUCCUUCCCCAGAUAGCCUACUAAGCUCACAGUUCACAGCAUUUCAUCCUAAGGGUCUUCAUUCCUGGGAAACCAACAUUGAAUCAAAGGAGUGUCUCCUUUAGCUUUAGGGAUGAGAACAAGAUAACCCUGGGAGUUAAACUGGGAGAGCCCAGACCAUGCAUAUCAAAGCCCUGCUGUAGUCUUGGUGUUGAUAUCCCAAGGAUUUAUCAGGCGGGAUGGGUUGACCCCUGCUCUUGCUUCUCUGGAGGGGGAUGAGUGGGGGCUGUGCUAAGAACUACACCAGUAAAUAGAGCUUUGGAUUUCUGGAUCACCACCUGGGACCACUUCCUAGGUGAGUGUGAGUCAGCCUCCCUCUACAGAAAGGGGCUUCUGGCUUCCCUUGGGAUUCCUCUGAGCACAGAACACUGCCCUUGGGGACUACUGGCCUUGGCCCAUCUUUUCCCUGUAAAGAGGUGAUUUGGCAGGUUGGACAAAUCAUUAGCUCUUAGAGUGGGAGAGCUUGAGUUCAAAUCCUACUUCUGAUGACAAUUUUGUUUGACCUUAGGCAAGUAACUUGUGGCGAGUAAAACUAUAUGUGGUAGCCUUAUUUCUGUUCCAAGUUUAGGGAAAAUUAGCUGGGGUUUCUAAUAUAUUUGUUACUUAUAAAUGAGAAGCUUUAGCACCAGUUUUGGGCAUUAAGCAUUUAUUAAAGCAUACCAGGUAUUAGUAAAGAGAGAAUACUUGGCUCAGAAACUUAAGAAGCCUGUCUACCCUAGAGGAGAGAUAAGAGCUCAGUCUGGCCUGCUUCUUUCUCCAAGUCCUCCUCCAUGAGCACAUGGGAGACCCUAACUGAGUGUGGUAACUUUUUCUGGGUCAGGAGGAGAGGCGGUCCUUACACCCUGCUUCAAGCUAAUUGGCUAGCAUCACCCAAAUCCAUUGAUUCACUGGACUUGAGGGCAGUCCAUGAGCAGAACAUGCCAUGCCGGGGUCAGAGUUCAGAGAA